CUCCUCUCUGGCAUACGCAGCUCACUGCUGAUUACGGUUUGCACACAGACACAAGCUCGCUCAGAAAACAAGAAGCUGGAUGAUAUCGCGGCAUAUAUAAUCAUUUCAAAAAUACAUUCUCAAACACAAGUAGCCACGAUCUCGACUACGGCCACCAUCAUGAGUACAAAACAAGCCUGCAUCUUUCUCAGGAGCGGAGCCAAAAGACCCACAAGAACUCUUACAUACGAUGAGAUUGAAGAGUUACGUGAAGCUUUUAUAGAGUUUGAUAAAGAUAAGGACGGCUUCAUAAGCUGUAAGGACUUGAGGAACCUGAUGAGGACCAUGGGUUACAUGCCCACUGAAAUGGAGCUCAUAGAACUGAGUCAGAACAUCAACAUGAAUUUGGGGGGACGGGUGGACUUUGAAGAUUUUGUGGAACUUAUGACCCCCAAGCUCCUGGCUGAAACUGCAGGGAUGAUCGGGUUGAAGGAACUCAAAGACGCAUUUCGAGAGUUCGAUUUAGAUGGUGACGGUGCAAUCACAACUGAGGAGCUGAGACAUGCCAUGAUCAAGUUACUCGGAGAACAAACUAGCAAAAAUGAAAUUAAUGCAGUGGUCAAAGAAGCGGAUAAAAACGGAGAUGGAACAGUCGACUUCGAGGAGUUUGUGAAGAUGAUGUCGCAGAACUGAGGACAACGACAUGAAUGGUUGACCGUGAUGAAGAGUGACUGCAGCCUGACCCUGGCAUACAAUCAGUGACUCUUGGAGAACAUGAUCUCAGCUUGGCCGUCCCUCGACUGCCGUUGACCUCCCAUGCUUCUGUCUCACUAGGGUGUAAAACAGACCACUAACGGCUAGUAGUUCCUUUAACACUGUUAUGUGUGUUGGAAUGUGGCUCAGUAGAUAUACUUUAUGAUACUUUAUUCGUGUUUCCAUGUUAUGCUACUUUGUCCUUUACUUUUCAGAAGCCAAUGUUGUAGUUUUUACUCCACGUACUUAUUUGAAAAUAUAUGUCACUAGUUGCUUUUCACAAUCAGAUUAAUGAAAGAAAAUAUUUAUCAACAAAAAUAUGUUAUUGUUUCAUUAAUAGUUGUGGAUUUUCCCCACCUUUAUCAGCUACAACAUCAGUAAUGCACCACUACUUGUAGUCCACUAGUAUAGAUCUUUCUAAAAAUGCAAUAUUCUGCACAGAGUACUUUCCCUGCUAUUUGUCAGUAUAUUUAAAUGCCACAUACUUUGUGCCAGGAGUAAGAUUUAGAAUUUUACUUUUAAUUGUAACAGAGUAAUCUUACGUUGUGGUAUUGUUAAUGUUACUUAAGUCAAAGAAUGUAGUAUUUCUUUCACCAUUGCAUGGGAUUCACAAAUGUGUUUUCUGGAAGUCUAAAUUCCUAAUGUUCGAGUUUUGACGAAUACUUUAUUUAUAUUUUACAAUUUGCAAAUUAAAAAAAAUAGAAAUGCAAGGUGUAUACUCCGAUAUUAAAGAGUCCUGUUUUCUUUGCAAAUUGUACAUGUAUGUAAAAUGUAACACAGUAGUUUGACAACAAACAUCCUCACAUGCUUUUACCCUCACAGACACAAAUUCACAGAUGCUGUUUUUGAAGAGCCUGUGUUAGUGAGACAAAAUAUUCCUAAUGUUAAGGUAAAUAAAAUAAGGUAAAUAAAAACUGCAUGUUGA